ACCAGACGUACUGUGCGCCUGGUCCCGUUUUUCCGUUUGAUUUUAAAGGGCCAGCUCCUCCGAUCAAUGCUCACUCUCUCUCUCUCUCUCUCUCUCUUUCCAUUUGGCGUUUUUCCAAGUUUCGGCUCAUGGCAUCGCCUUCCCUCUCUCUGUUUUCGAGGGCUAGGGGUCCAUUAUCUGUCUUUGUAUUCUUUUGAGGACUAGGUUUUCACUCUCUCUCUUCUAUCUUUGUUUUUGAGGGCUAGGGUUUCAUUGCCAUUCCCCACCCAUGUUCAGGCUUUGUUGAUUUUGUUUGUUUUUCCCACCAUUUUCAGAAGAAGUGAUCAAAUCCGAUAAGCCGGGAAAGGAAGAAGGAUGCCAUUGUUCUUGUCUGAUGAGGAGCUCCGCCGUUUGGCAGGUGAUGGGAUGGCGGUGGCGGAGAGAGCGGAUGCUUUCAUCCGCGAGUUGCAAGCUGGCUUCCAUGCUCAGAUGGAUGCGGGCGCCAGCAGUGCCGAGGAGAGCUACGCCCUCGUCGAGCAGAAGUUUGUGUCUCUCUCUUCCCGCUCCUCUGAAUUGGAAGCCCGCAAUGCCCGCCUCACGUCCACCCUUGACGAGCGCACCGCCGAAAUAGCAAAGCUUCAGGCUGAAACCCAUCAGCUCCAAGUCAAGGCGAUUAGUAAAGAUUCAGAAGUGGAGCGAUUGAGUGUUGAAGUUUCCGAGCUUCACCAAUCGAAGCGGCAGCUGUUAGAGCUUCUAGAGCAAAAGGAUUCGGAGAUCAAUGAGAAGAAUGCUGUGAUUAAUAGCUACCUUGACAAAAUUGUCAAGUUGACGGAUACUGUUAGCUUGAAAGAGGCUAAGUUACAUGAUGGUGAAUCAGAGCUGUCACGAUCUCGUGCUACUUGUGCUCGCCUUGCCCAGGAGAAAGAGCUUAUUGAGAAGCAUAAUGCCUGGCUGAAUGAUGAGCUAACAUCGAAAGUGAAUAGUCUUCUAGAACUACGCAGGUCUCAUGCUGAAUAUGAGGUUGACAUGUCUGCUAAACUUGCCGACGUCGAGAAACAACUAAAUCAAUGUACUGGUUCGCUAAAAUGGAACAAAGAAAGAGUGAAGGAGCUGGAAGAAAGGUUGGCAGCUGCACAGGAGGAGUUAUGCUCAAGUAAAAAUACGGCUGCUGCUAAGGAAGAGCAGUUCUCUGCUGAAAUUGUUACUGCUACGAGGCUUGUGGAAUUAUAUAAAGAAAGUAGUGAAGAAUGGUCUAAGAAGGCAGGGGAGCUUGAAGGUGUUAUAAAGGCUUUGGAGACACAUUCGAACCAAGUUGAAGAUGACUAUAAAGAGAAGCUUGAGAGGCAAACAACUUUAAAAAAUGAACUUGAGAAGGAAGCUGCUUCCCUAAAGGAGAAAUUGGAGAAGUGUGAACAGGAUAUUGAGAAUGCGAGAAAGGAAAAUGAGCUAGACCUUCUUCAGCUUGUCAGUGUACCGGUUAAUUCAACUGGAGAAGCAACAGUCACUAGCUUGGAAGGUAGAAAAGGAGUUGAGGGCAACAAAAUGAUUGUCCCGAAGAUGCCAUAUGGUGUGUCAGGGACAGCUUUAGCGGCUUCUCUUCUCCGUGAUGGUUGGAGUUUAGCCAAAAUGUACACCAAGUACCAAGAAGCCGUUGAUGCAUUACGGCAUGAGCAACUAGGUAGAAAACAAUCCGAAAUUAUCCUAGAGCGCGUUCUAUAUGAAAUUGAGGAGAAAGCUAAAGUUGUCAUGCAUGAAAGAGAGGAGAAUGGAAAAAUGCUUGAAGCGUAUACUUCAAUGAAUGAAAAAUUGCAGCAGGCACUUUCUGAUCAGGCUGGGUUUGAAAAAACCAUAAGGGAAUUGAAAGCAGAUUUGAAACAGCAUGAGCGGGACUCCAGAUUUAAAGAAAGGGAGAUUGAGGACCUCAAAAGACAAGUGGUAGUUCUUUUGAAGGAAUGCCGUGAUAUUCAGCUUCGUUAUGGAGUAGGGAAUGGGAAUUUUCCUGAUGAUGCACCAAGUCAUGCGGUUGCUGACUUGGAGGUUGAUUCUGAAACAGAUAAAGUGAUUUCUGAGAACCUUUUAACAUUUAAGGGUAUAAAUGGUUUAUUGGAGCAGAAUGUGAAACUUCGCAGUUUGGUCCGUUCACUUACUGCACAAGUUGAGCAAAACCAAGAAGAGUUAAAGGAGGCAUUUCAUUUGGAGCUUAGAAAUAAAACUGAAGAAGCAGCCUCCAAGGUUGAGGCUGUUUUGAGAAGGUCUGAAGAGCAAGUGCAAAUGAUUGAAUCACUUCAUAGUGCAGUGGGAAUGUAUAAGAGACUAUAUGAAGAGGAGGUAAAAAAUCGUGCUGCAUAUCCCCCACUUUUAGAAGCAAUUCCAGAUGACGGAAGAAAGGACCUUUUGCGUCUCUUUGAAGGGUCCCAGGAAGCAACAAAGAAGGCCUAUGAACAAGCAGCAGAGCGUGCUAAAUCUCUUGAAGAGGAAGUCGCUAAAGCACGAAGUGAGGCAACAUUUCUACGUCUCGAGCGUGAUAAAUUAGCUAUGGAAGCAAAAUUUGCACGUGAACGGCUUGAUAACUUCGUUAAGGACUCUGAGAAUCAGAGAAAUGAAGCAAAUGCCAUUCUUGCUAGAAAUGUGGAAUUCUCUCAAAUGAUAAUUGAAUAUCAGCGGAAGUUGCGUGAAAGUGCUCAAAUUGUACAAGCCUCUGACGAGCUCUCACAGAAGUUGUCAGUGGAGCUGUCUCUUCUGAAGCAUGAAAAAGAUAUUUUGGUGAAUGCGGAGAAGCGAGCAUCUGAGGAAGUUGUGAGUUUGACCAGGAGGGUGCACCGCUUACAGGCUAGCUUGGACACAUUUCAAAGUGCAGAGGAAGUUCGUGAAGAGGCGAGAACCACUGGGAAAAGGAAACUAGAGGAAGAACUGCAACGUGUUCAAAGGGAGUGGGCUGAAGCUAAGCGAGAGCUUCAGGAAGAAAGGGAACAUGUUCGGCAUCUUACCAAUGAUCGGGAACGAACACUAAAAGAUGCUAUGCGACAAGUGGAAGACAUGGGUAACAAGUUGACUAAUGCAUUGCAGAGUGUAGCCGCUGCAGAGGCUAGGGCAGCUGUAUCUGAGGCUCGUUGCAUUGAUCUGCAGGCGAAACUCAAGCAUUCUGAAGAUAAAUUUGCUGUAAAGGGCCCUGGUACAGCAUCAGCUGUCUCUCUAACCAAUGAGGCAUUCACAGAUCUGCAAAAAGCAAAAGAAGAAAUUCAAAACUUGAAAGAUGAAGCAAGAUCGUACAAGGAUCACAUGUUGCAGUUUAAGCACAUAGCACAAGUGAAUGAAGAUGCUUUGAAACAGAUAGAAGUUGCUCAUCAUGAGUACAGUACAGAGGCAGAAAAAAUGAAGAGAUCAUUAGAAGCUGAAAUUGGAUCUCUGAGAAGAAGGAUUUCUGAACUCGAAAGCGAUCUUUUAUCAAAGGACAGAGAUACUGCAUUGGUCAUUGCUGAAAAAGAGGCAUCACUGUCUUCUGCUUUGGCGGAGAUUGUGCGACUUAAUGAGAUGCACUCUGCUAAAAUAUCUCAAAGUGAGGAACUGGAAAUUCGGAUAUCUUCGCUGAAGGAAGAUCUGGAGAAGGAGCAUAUGCGCUGGCGUACUGCCCAAAACAAUUAUGAGAGACAGGUUAUCCUACAAUCUGAGACAAUUCAGGAACUCACUAGAACUUCUGAGGUUCUGGCUCUUCUGCAAGAUGAAGCGUCACAAUUACGCAAGACUGUGGAUGCUCUGAGAAGUGAAAAUGAUAUUUUGAAGGCAACAUGGACUAGAGAGAAGACAGAGUUGGAGAUGUCAAAAGUUGAAGCAGAGAAGAAGUACAAGGAAAUUGAUGAAGUGAAUAAGAUCUUGCUCAAUCGCCUUGAAGCACUGGACAUCAGACUUGCUGAAAGGGAACGCAGUGUUGCUGGACAGUCUCCCGAUAAAAAGAAUGAGAGUGACCUGCAAAAUGUGAUUGGCUACUUGCGCCGGUCAAAGGAGAUAGCAGAGACAGAGAUCUCCUUGCUGAAACAAGAACGGCUUCGGUUACAAACACAGCUUGAAAGUGCUCUAAAGGCUUGUGAGAGAACCCAAAGUGAGUUAAAUGCCGAGCAUGCUAAUUCAAGAACAGCAAUUUACACAGAUGAAGAAUUUAAGUCCCUUGAACUUCAGGUUAGAGAAUUAAAUUUGCUACGCGAGAGCAACAUGCAGCUUCGACAGGAAAAUAAGCACAAUUUUGAUGAGUGUCAGAGACUUCAUGAGGUUGCUCAAAAAGCUAAUGCAGAGGUAGAACAUUUGGGUAGACUCCUAAAGGAAAAGGAAGUUGAGCUGGAAGCAUCCCAUAAAGAACUUGAGAAGCAGAAGUCAGAGUUGGGCCACUGGGAAAACAGAGUAUCUAAAUUACUCGAGUCAUACAAGAAUAUUGAUGUGGGAAACUAUGAAAAUCUGAAGGCUGAUUUUGAACGAGUCCAGGAAAAUCUGGUGGCCAAGGAAGCUGAGCUCGAAGAACUAAAAAAGAUUUCUGUGGAGAAAGAGGAGAAGAUAUUGCAGUUGGAGCUAGAGCUUGAAAGCAGAAAACUGGAAUUAACUGAAAUGGAGAAAAAGAUCCAGGAUGCUACUCAAAUUGAGGAUAAACUCAAAGCAGAAAUUGAAAGACUGAAGAAGCUUACAAACAGCUGGAGGAGAAAAGCUGAGGCCGUGAUGAAGGAGAAGGAAGAAUUGAACAGAGAGAAACAAGCUCUUUCCAAGCAGCUGGAAGACUAUAAAUCAAGCAAGAGGAGCACAGGGGAGACCCCAAAGCAACAUGAAACAAUUAUUCGUCAAGAGCAGAUAGAAAAUGAGAAGGACACACGUAUACAGACGCUGGAGAAAUUGUUUGAGAAGGAGAGGGAGGAGCUUCGCAAAGAGAGGGUAAAUCGAAAACAUGACAGGAAGAUUUUUGAAGGGAUCGUUCAGAAGGCUGCUCAGGAAAAGAAGAAAUUGGAAGAGGAACUUAAACACAUGCAUGCAAGAGAUAGAGGUACAGAGAAUAGUGGGUUGGCAGCAGCUCAACUGUCCUCGGAAACAGAGCUGGAUGAGAAAACGGCUGGGUAUUUUUUGGCUAUAGAGCAGAUGGAGGAGGCAGCAGGUCUAUCCGUUAGUGACAGUGGCCAUGGACAGACAUCAGAGCAACCCCUGCCUGUGGAUACAUUGUCAUCUGCUGGAGCAAAUGAUAAAUCCAGCCGGCAAGUUUCUUCUACAACUCCCCUCAUUCCACCAACUACAGAGACAACUCCUCCUGCUGCUCUGCCAGUAAAGGGAUCAGAGGAACAUCAGUUGGUGUCAAAGCCCCCCAUGGCUGAAGCCCGGAAAUUUUCAAGGAAGAUCGUUCGGCCAAAGCUGGAGCGUCCAUCUGCUUCAUCUCAGCAGCAGCAACAGCAUGUUGCUGAGGUAGCAGCAGCAGAGGCUACUUCAGAAAUUGACACUAGUGGGCAUAAGGGCAAUGAGGCAGAGGAAGCAAGACAACCUUCCAUUGAUAACCUGGAGGUCCCAAUGCCAACAACCAGUGGUGCUCGAAAACGUUUGGCUUCUUCUUUGGACUUGAAGGAAGAUGAAGCAGCAGUUCUCUCCCAUGACCAACAAGAACAACAGUCACUUGAUCUGACAAAGAAGUCGAGGACUGAUGACCAAACCAGUUUUGUUACCCUUCCUCCUCUUCCUGCUGAUGAUCAGUUGUUAUCUGGGGAAUCGGCUCACAUUUCUGAUGAGCAAGAGAAGCUCAUUAAGGAAGAAGAUACAGCUGGGCUCAACAGAAAGGAACAAACACCCAACAGUGUCAUGAACGAAGUUGAGGCUGAGCCUCCUCAUCAGAAUCUAGAGGCAGCAAAUGAGGCUGAGCCACCAUUAUCGGAGAACCCUGAGUCACCUGGGAACACUGUUGCAGAGGAUGAUGAUGCAUCAAAGAAGACUGACGACCAGGAAACAACAUCAUCUCCAAUGGAGAUGGUGGUGGAAGAGAGGGAAGAGGGGGAGCUAGUGGCUGAGGAGGAGGGGGCUAUGGAUGAUGAUGCAGUGAUGAUGCCACUGGAGUCAUCAUUUUUGGCAGAAGAAGGCGAGGCUGCACCUCAGGUGGAGGCAGAAGUUGAAACUCAAGCUGAGACUGAGGUUGACGCUGGGGUUGAGGCCGAGGAGGCCUCUAUGCAUGAGGAGCAGCAGCAGCGAGGGCAUCAUGUGGGUGGUGAACAAGCGGCAGAGGAGGGGAAUGACGGCAAAUCUAACAACGACAAGGAAUCCAAGGCCCUUGAGAGUGGUGCAAGUGGUUUGGCUGAGACUGAGCACAAGGAAGAAACAACAGCAGCUUCUACUACAACAGUAGUUCACCAACCUCGGGAGUUGAGCACACCAGGGGGAAGGACAAUGUCAAGGCGUUUGGACAGAGGGUUUUCUUCACCAGCUAGAGGAGUAGGACGUGGCAGAGGUGGAAGGGGCAACAGGAGAAAUGUGGGCAGCCAAGGUGGUCGUGGGUGAUGUUCUGAUGAGGAAUCAGAAGACCAGUUGACUUGUUUGUACUGUUUUUUUGUUUUUUUGGGAAGAAGCAAAGGCGGGAGUUGAUUAUCAAGAAUUCACCUUUCCUUGAAGGCAUAUAAAAUGACCCUGAAACCUAUUUACUCACAAUUCAAUUCGAUCGGAGAGGCGUUUAAAAUCAGUUUUGAGCUCAUAGGUCUUGUGCGCCUCCUAGGACUGGGGAAAGGUUGGAGUGAGUGAGUUUCGGAUUGCACUCUACAAACUCUGUUUUUGCACGAGUGUUUGUGCAAUAUAAAAUACUAUCGUUUUGGAAAUGGGGAGUUUAUCUAUGUGUUUCUAAGGGCUCAAAACUUGCCCUAUAGUGGAUGAAUGAAAUCUAUAUAGAUAAAAUAUAAGCAUUGGCUUCAAUUU